UAAUUGCAAAUAAGAUUUUACAAAUUCAAACAGUAAUUUUAUUUUUCUCUACAUGUUUACAGCAUCCAAUACUGUUUCUACCAUCUUGACGAUACUGUGUGGAAUCGGGAACAUAUAUAUUUUCCUUAUAAACUAUAGAACGGAUAUGCUGUCAUUAUACAGGGGUGAUCGAACUUUCAUACCGACAACUGUUCACCAAUCGUCACCAAAUGUCUACAUGGCACAAGGGAUGCGAUUCAUUGGGACAUCAGUUACUGGAAUGAUUUGGGGAAGUAUGUUAUGUUAUCUGACUGCGUUUAUUCCUCUCGCAACGAUGAUGAUUGUGAUCAAGCUCGUGAUAGACUUGGGGAAAAUUAACUAUCUGUGGAAUGAGCUUGAAUGGCUGGUUUAUCCAGUUUGUAUGAUUAUCAUUUUCAAGAUGCAGACUUUCUUUAUUGGGCGAUUUUUCAUGCAACCGAAAAUACAGGAAAACGACAAGCACAAACCAUUAGCUGUCGAUAACAGGAACGCGUACAACAUUUUCAGUUUCUUCAUGGUGUUUCUAAAUGCCAGUAUUGGAAUGUUUACGUUUCUGAAACGUAUUUUAGCUAGCAUACUACUGGGUGUUUUUCUAAUACCAAGGAUGGACCGCUGUUUGCUAAUGAGGGGCUAUGAAGCUAUGGAUAAGUGUUAUGUAAAUUACAUCGGGAUGAUAAUGGUAGACGUUGCACACAACCAUCCAGUUUUACGGACCUUCUGUUACCUCCUAAAAUCAGAGAUAGAGGAUAGGAAAGAAAUGAAACGUCCACAUUCUGGGGAACAGAUUAUUGACAACUUUGCCAGGAACUCUGCUGUAUCCUCUACUAAUAAAAUGAGGAAACGAAGAUGGUGGCUAGCCUAUACAUUAAUUCGAAACCCUUCAUUGUCUGCAAUGCGCGUUCAUGAAACAAAGGUCGCCCUGGCCAAUUCAACUGUUGAUCUGAAUGACAUUAAGUAUUCUAACAAUGAAUCCUUAAACGUCAAGGACCAACAAGAAGAAUUCUGGGACUGCUCCUGUAGACCUGUUAGCUGUAGAGAGUACAAGUUUCGCAUCCCUGCGAAUUUGCUGACAAAUAUGCUUGCAGUUAUUGUAUUUCUAUCUAUAGUUAUCAUUUUUGCCUGCGUGCGUGUAAUAAUUUCAAAUAUUAUUAAGUAGUCGCUUCAUAUUACAUAAGUUAAUGUGAUUUAUGUUUCCACAUUCUUCGAAAGAAUUAAAAGUGCACGUUUAUUUUGAAACGGAGCGCGAGAUAUUAUAAAAGCUCUUAUAUUUGCAGCAUAUUAAUACACAUCAAUUUAAGAGCCAUUAUGACUUCUAAAUUGAUAAUGGUAGAUAAAUAGUGACCAAUGCAUCUAAGGGUUACAUUUUCUGUGGUCGACGUGUAUUGCGUCACAUAAUUAUGUGCAAGUUCUGAUGUUUUUUUUUUUUCUAUUUUGUAAUAUAAACGCCGGCUAAGAUAUUAUUCUAGAAUAGUACAUGCAUUGUGUUAUGUCACAAAUGGCGUCAUGAUAAACGUUCAGAUGAGCAAGCAGUAAGAAUAAGUAUAAAUACACUAUUUCAAUUUUGGUGAUAUAGAGAAGCUGCUUAAGGUAGUUCUGCACGUUUGAUAAACCGGAAGUGAUGGCGUAACGUCAUUUAUCCGUAAAACGUAGAAUAAUGCCUGGAUUCGGCGUACGGAAACGAAAAUCAGGUUAUGAAUUAAGGGCAACCUGUAAGUAAAUGUAUUAAAAUGGCACUAUUAUUAUCUUUCUAAAGCUAAAAUAUGAUAUUAAAAUAUCUUACACGUUAAACAAUUCAAAAUAAUGUCUUAAAAUUAGCUUGAAAUAGGCGGUUCACUUUAAUCAUAACCCAAUAUCUCAAAAAUAAGCACAGGGACCUAUACAUUUUAUGUCACCAUAUAAUAGGCCAUAAUUUUUUUUUUAUUAUGUUUAUGUACGACUGUGAGAAGUUUGAUUAAAAUCUACAUUGUAGAAAAUUUUCUAUUUGCGAAAACGUUAUGAAAGUUGCGUUUUUCCCGUAGACUCCCAUUAUGAAAAGUUGCGUGAGGUCGAAAGUUUUCAAAUCAGUCUAGCAAAAUAUCAAGCACACGACCCUAUCUUUUUUAUUUGCUGAAUUUCUUAGUAUAUUCCGAAGUUUUGAAAAGUCAGAGUUAAAUCAAAUUCUACAUUUAGUUAGAGGCUUAAUAAAACAAUACAAGGAGGAUUCCACUAUUUGUAUUGCUAUCAAUGAAAGUCACUCCACUGUGGUCAAAAUCUGCUAUAAUAACCAGUUGGCUGGUUAAGUGGGAGACCAACCAUUUCAGUGUGACUUAGAAUUGGUAAUCUAAGUUCCACUUGUUCUAUACAUAUAGAUGUGGAACGGGUAAACACCCAUGUCAGCUUCUUUUACAACGCAAACCGCUUCCAAGACGAGUCUGAAGAUAGAUUUUUUCAAGGUCAAAUUAUGCCCCUUUCAUACUUAAUUUUUUAUCUGUACCUCUCUGAUUAUUUGAUAUUUUAACACAGACUCAAGCUAUUGUGCAAUAUUCAUCCACAGUUCUAGUGGUCUUGUCAGUAACUGUACUAUAUUCAAGUAACUUGCCACAAUCACCAUAACAAAUUAAUUUGUUGCAUGUAAGAUUCAGACCUCUAACUCAAGGUUAAGGUCACCUUUAGAGAUGAAACAUUUUGGUAUUUUUAUCUGGUCUGUUACUUUUUAGCUCACCUGUCACGAAAUGACAAGGUGAGCUAUUGUGACUGUUUGAUGUCCGUCGUCCGUCGUCAGUCGUCCGUCAACAAUUUCUAAAAAAAUCUUCUUCUUGAAAACCACUGGGCAGAAUUACACCAAACAUCAAAGGAAUGAUCCUUGGGUGGUCCCCUUAUAAAAUUAUUAAAAGAACUGAAUUCCAUGCAGAACUCUGGUUGCCAUGGCAACAGAAAGGAAAAACUUUAAAAAUCUUCUUGUCUAAAACCACAGGGCCUAGGGCUUUGAUAUCUGGUGUGUAGCAUUAUCUAGUGGUCUUCUAGCAAAAUUAUUCAAAUUAUCCCCCGGAGGUCAAAUAUGGCCCCGCCCCGGAGGGUCACAUGGUUUAUAUAGACUUAUAUAGGGAAAACUUUGAAAAUCUUCUUGUACAAAACCACACGGCCUAGGGCUUUGAUAUUUGGUAUGUAGCAUCAUCUAGUAGUUCUCUACCAAGAUUGUUCAAAUAAUCCCCAUAGGGUCAAAUAUGGCCCCGUCCCGGGGGUCCCAAGUUUUACAUAGACAUAUAGGAAAAAAAGUUAAAAACUCUUCUUGUCUGAAACCACAACAUUUAGACCUUUGAUAUUUGGUUUGUAGCAUUGUCUUAUGGUCCUCAACCAAAAUGAUUCCAAUUGUACCCCUUGGGUGAAAAGAGGCACUGCCCUGGGGGUCCCAAGUUUUAUAUAGACUUAUUUAGUAAAAUGCUUUAAAAAUCUUCUUGUCUGAAACCGUACGACCUAGGCGUUUGAUAUUUGGUAUGAUGCAUUGUCUAGUAGUCCUCUACCAAAUUUGUUCAAAUUAUGCCCCUGGGGUUAAAAGAGGCCCCGCCCUGCGGUCACUUAGUUAUUAUGUGAGUUAUAUAGGAAAAUACUUAAAAAAUCAUCUGAUCCUAUUUCCAAGACUAUUUAAUUAAUAUAAUUACCUGAUGACCCCAAGUAAUAUGAUGUCACUUGACUGUGACCUUGACCUACUGACCUACUUUCUUGUUUCGUAAGAUACAGCCUUGAAAUUUUGAUGACAUUCACAGUUUUGCACACAAAUCAUAAAACUGAAUUUCUUUGACCAUGAAUGCGACCUACUGAAUUUCUUAAUAUUUUAUCAUCAUUUUGACAUUUGAAACAUGUAGCUCAUAUUACUCAGGUGAGCGAUCCAGGGUCAUCAUGACCCUUUUGUUUAUGUAUUGGUGUAUAUUUAAAUCACUUGGCAUACAUAAUUACUUUUACAAGACAUUGUGACAUGUGCAAAGGUCACAGACACUUAAGUUAACUUUUUUUUGUACAUGAAAUUACUUCUCUUUUAUAUGAUAAAAGUACAAUACAUGUGCUUUAUGUCAGUUUUUCCAGUAAUCUAAAAAUGAAAUUAUGUUUAUAAUUAUUAAAUAAGGUGAUUGUAAUGAUACAUGUAGAUAUAAAAAGCUAUUGAUAAUUGUAGAAAUCCAGAAUGCAAAACCCAAACACAGGAUAUAACUUUAUGGUAUAUAUAGGUAAAUAGAGAAUUACCUUAGUUGCAAUACAUUUAUAAUAGGUUGGUAAGUAGUGCAGCUCUGCAUUGAAAAAUAGUAGAAUUAACUUUUUCUGGUGUGUUAUUAAAAAACAAAGUUUUGUAGUAACAUGUAAAUGUCAUGUAUUUCAUUUAUUAGCUCACCUGAGCCAAAGGCUCAGAGUGAGCUAUUGUGAUCGCUCACUGUCCGGCGUCCGUCCACACUUUCCGUUAACCAACAUCUCCUCCUAAACCACAAAGCCAAUUUUGAUGAAACUUCACAGGGAUGAUCCUUGGGUGAUAUUCUUCAAAAAAGUGUUCAAAGAAUUGAAUUCCGUAUAGAACUCUUGUUGCCAUGGCAACCGAAAGGAAAAACUUAAAAAAUCUUCUUGUCCAAAACCACAAGGCCUUGGGCUUUGAUAUGUAGUUUGUAGCAUCAUCUAGCGGGCCGCUACCAAGAUUGUUCAAAUUAUCCCCCUAAGGUCAAAUAUGGCCACGCCCCGGGGGUCACAUGGUUUAUAUAGACUUAUAUAGGGAAAACUUUGAAAAUAUUCUUGUCCAAAACUAUAAGACCUAAGGCUUUGAUAUUUAGUAUGUAGCAUCAUCUAGUGGUCCUCUACCAAGAUUUUUGAAAUGAUCCCCCUAGGAUAUAAUAUGGCCCCGCCUUUGGGGACGGGGGAGGGGGGCGCUGGGGGCACAUUAUUUCUAUAGACUUAUAUAGGGAAAAACUUUGAAAAUCUUCUUGUCAAAAACAAAAGGGCCUAGGGCUUUGAUAUUUGGUAUGUAGCAUCAUAUAGUGGGCCUCUAAAAAGAUUGUUCAAAUAAUCCCCCUAGGAUGAAAUAUGGCCCCGCCCAGGGGGUCACAUGGUUUUAUAUAGACUUGUAUAGGAAAAAACUUUAAAAAUCUUCUUGUCGGAAACCACAACACCUAGGCUUAAGAUAUUUAGUAUGAAGCAUUGCCUUGUGGUCCUCUAUCAAGAUUGUUCAAAUUAUUCCCCUGGGGUGAAAAGAGGCCCUGCCAUGGCGUUCCCUAGUUUUACAUAGACAUGUAUAGGAAUUUUUUUUAAAAAUCUUCUUGUCUGAAAGUUCAAGGCCUAUGCCUUUGAUAUUUUGUAUGUAUCAUAACCUAGUUGAUCUCUAACAAGAUUGUUUGAAAUAUGCCCCUGGGGUGAAAAGAGGCCCCGCCCCAGGGGUCUAUUGAUAUAUGAGUUAUAUAGGAAAAAAUACUUCAAAAAUUAUCAGAUUUUAUUUCCUAGACUGUUUAAUUAUAUUUACCAGAUGACUCCAAGUGAUAAGGGUCACCCGACUGUGACCUUGACCUACUGACCUACUCUCUUGUUUUUUAAGAUACAGACUUGAAAUUUGGAUGACAUGUAUCAUUUUGCACACUUACCUUAAAACUGACUUUCAGUGACCAUGAAUACUACUGACCUACUUUUUUGUUUUUGAUGCUUUAACAAAGAAAUUUGUUCAAGGAAGCAACUUAACUCAGGUAAGCGCUAUAUAGGGCCAUCAUGGCCCUCUUGUUUAUUACCUCCCUUUAAUAUGAUAAACUAUUUUUUAUGUUUGUAUUUAUUUUUCCAUGCCAGUUUAAGAAUAAAAUCACAUUAAAUCUUAAAUACAAAAGAAAACAUUUGAAAGCAUUCACCAGACAUUUUUCAAACUACAUGUACAUAAUAUUUUAUGAAUUAUAUGAUACAUAGUUAUGAUAUAUAUACAUUUUUAGUAUGUUGCCCUAUAAAAUAGAAGAAGAUGCAGUAUGUUUUGUGAAAAACGUCCCUUGUUGGGGGACGUUGGUUACUCUGUUACAAAUUUUCGUUUUACAUUAGUAUUGACGACACAUGUUAUGCUAUUAUGUAAAUCUAUAGAUACUUGUUUAUUUUGUACUUCCUUUGUGUAUCACUCGGGGUUUCUUUUCUUGAAUUGUUCCAUAUUUCUGUAAAACUUUAAUUCACAUGCUUUCUGUGUACAACUUUGUUACUUAAUGUAAUUAUAAUACAUAAAUUGUACCUAAAUGUAAUUGUUAAACAUACUCAUGAUUGAACGUAAACAAAUCACAAUGAUUUUAUUUGUAAAGAAAAAUCAAAAUAAAUAUAGAAAUAUCAAUA